AUGGGAUCUAUCUCCAACGAAGAGAUUACAGGUGAAAAACUAUUAAUGAGAGAAAAACCUUUUUUCAGAUUAUGUAGGUUAGAGUUAUAUAGCAUCAAUAUCACAGAUUUGCGUCUUUAUUUAAAAUUAAAUAGUUUUUCACUUCAAAUAUCCUGAUGGUGGACAAGCUAAUUGUAGCUUGGAUUGUUCGGGCCCAUUGCUUUUUAUUUGUUAUUGGAUACAGCCACGGAUAUAUAAAGUUAUGUUUGUAGAUGGUUUUUGUCUAUGCUUGAUAUAUUUAUACAAAAUGGAGCAUUGUUUAUAGUUGUCAUUAAUGUGUUGUCUGAAGAUUAACUGUUUUUGAUUUGAUUUGUUGAUUUUAAGUGACAUUGUAUCGUAUUACUAGUUUUUCGUGAUAACACAUUUUAUGUUCCUUUUUAGUAACAGUGUAUCUUGUUUGUAGUUGUUUUUAAUUAUACGUUGCACCGAGGUAAACUGUUGAUUUAAAGAAACAUCGUAUCAAUACAUCGGAAAUCCAGUUGAUGACCUCAUGUUCAAUAGUUUUGUUUGUAUCGUUUAAAUCCAUGCUAACUUCCAAGUUUAGACAUUGCGAAGUUUUUUUUUGUAUGACUAGAUAUCUAUGUUACGUGUUUUCAUUAAUUGCAAUAUCCGCUGUUGUUCAGUUAGAUAUAUUAAUGUUUAAUUUAUAUUUAUAAUUAUAGCAAUAAUAGAUGUAUUGUGGUGCCACCAACUAUUUUGUGUUAAUGAAUAUCCAUGCUGGGCAACUGCAAAUACAGACAUGGGAUCUUCUAGUUAGCCUACAGGUGUGAAAUAUGACUUCGUGUCCUCAGAUGAACUAUCAUUGUAUACUGAUAGACUGCCAGCUAUUUAUACAGAAGGGAAUCAGUGGAGGUUACACUGGGGAAUAUAGUGCCUGGCAUAGGAUAGACUAGAUAGAUAGAUAGAUAUUAGUCAAGGGUUAACCACUGUUAAUUAACUGUUUUUAAACGAGAAAUUAAAAUGAAUUUUAAUAGCAGAAAUAAUAAGAUGAUUUGAAAACGUGGUGGGCUGAUUAGGGACCAUGGGUGGCAGAAAUAGAUGCAUUAUCUUGUUUAGGCUGCCCUACACUUGGGACUAUAUAUGUGGCUUCUCGAAGCUUAUAGCAAAUAUGUUUCAAAGGCUUACACUGAUUAUUGUAUUAAAUUGAUUUUACGACUAUACAUACCAACUCACUGCAGUUUGAUAGCUGCAUAAAUGAAAUAUAUAUAUAUUAUUAAAAGCACAAAGCUGCUCAUAUAUAUAUAGUUAUAUAACUUUUCUUUUUUUAGAGCAUCUAUCUAAUCUAUCUAUCUACCUCACUCUCUCGCUAUCAUUUGACUGUCUAUCUAAUCUACCUAAUCUGUCUGUCUGUGUCUAUCUAUCCAUUUCAAUUUUAACAAUAUUUUUGUGUGUAAGCACCAAUAUAUGAAGACACUGUCUGAAGAAUGUAUUUUAAUAUGGUCAAUGUAUCAGUAUGCUCAGUGCCCUGUCCAAGUUGGGCCACCCUUCUCUUUUUAAGUAAGGUGGCAGAUAAGCACAUUGUCUCAUGUUCUGGUUCGUUGUAUUUUUUCAGGGGGACCCAAACCCACAGGGGACUCACAGGAUCUUUCCAAAUUAGAUGAAGCAACUCAGUCAACUGGAUCUGGAGUCUGCAAGUGGUUUAAUGUUAGGAUGGGUUUUGGGUUUAUCACUAUGACUAAGAAAAACGAGGUGGAUCUGGAAGUCCCUUUGGAUGUCUUUGUGCACCAGGUAAGAGGAAAAUAAGCCAUUCUAUCUGAUAACAUGUGCUCGUGUAAUUUGGUGAUUUGCAGAGCAAUGUAUUAUUGAGAUGUGUUAUACGGUAUAACCUAAACUGAUGCCAUGAUACAAUAUUUCCUCUGUUGAAUAGACGUGUUUUAAUAGAAUUGUUUUUGUCAGGCUACAUUUUGUUCUAUAUUUCUGCAAGCAUAUUGUUAUUUUUUCAAUUGAGAGAUAGAUUCACUUAAGUUAGGCUUCCCCAAACUCCAGCCCUCCAGAUGUUGCUGAACUACAACUCCCAUGAUUCUCAGACUUUAUUUCAUUCAUAGAAUCAUGGGAGUUGUAGUUCAGAAACAUCUGGAGGGCCGGAGUUUGAGGAAGCUUGACUUAAGACGUUGUGGAGCAUUGUCCAAAACAGGUAAAAAAUAUGAAAUUCUCAGCUAAAGUUUCAGAUUACCUUGUCAAUUUCCCACAGUUAAAAGAGAGAAAUUGGUACCAGGCAAGCACUAAGUCAAAAAAUAUAAAGUAUUCCCACAGCUUAAACCUUUCCUGGCUGUCCAAUAAAGUGUAAAUUCAAUGUGAAUUAAAAAUUUUAGACUACAAUAACCAAAUUGGAAAAAAUAAAUCUUAGUCAGAUGUGUUUUUUAGUUUUUAGAUUUGAAAUAUAAAAUUCACUUGAAUUCUUUGCAGUUUGUACUAUAGUGUCCUAUAGACUGUAAACUGGUUUGAGCAAGGCACUCUUCAACCUAUUGUUCCUGUAAGUUUUUGUAAUUGUCUCAUUUAUUGCUAAAUCUCCCACUUUGAUAAUAUUAAAGAGCGCUACGGAAUAUGCUGGCGCUAUAUAAAUACCAGUAAUAAUAAUAACAAUAAUAGUGUAAAUUCUUUUGAGAUUAUCCAGGGAGCUUGAAGCUUGGAUCAAAAUAGUUGAACUGGAAAGAGCCUGAUUUGGAGAAUUUUUGCAGUCUUUCUAUUUUAGCCUAAAAUAUGCAAUUCUCAUGUAAAGUUGCAGGAGUGCACAGUUUAUUGAAUUAUUGCAAUUUUGCACUUAAACAUAGAGAUUGCAUCACAAGCUUCUAAGCUGAAGUUGCUCAUUCAUUAAAGAAUCAGCUGUGAGCAAUCAACUUGCAAUGUUUAGUCAAAUUAGACAACUGUAGAAAAUAUCUUGUGUGGUUAGAGAUCUCUGCUAUUUUGUCUAAAUGUUGCAUUUUUUUUACCAACUCAUUACAAUAUAUUCAUGAAUGGACAAUUCACUUGUCUUUAUUCAAUAGUGUUAAUUCACUAAAUGCUAAACAUGUAGUGGGAAAAAAGAAAAAUUGCAAAAUAUCGCCAAUAAUAUUCCAUUUGAAUAGAUUUCCAACACAGCUACAGUGACAAAAUCAUUAUUUUGGCUUAAGUUUGUCAUUAAUGCUUUUUGCAGAUAUGAUUAAAAGUUAAUUGAACAAACCCCAUUGUGUCACAAAAUGGACCUAGUAUAGAUAUGAUCAAGAGAAAUGAUAUUGCUCUAGCUCAGGGGUGCCCAAAAGGUAGAUCCCCAGAUCUAUUAAAACUACAGCUUUUUAAUGAUGCUUUGUCAUUCUAAAUGCAAUUACAGCAUCAUGGGAGUUGUAGUUCUACAACAUCUAGGGAUCUACCUUUUGGGCACCCCUGCACUAGACCAUAGAGAUUUCAUGGUGAAAAUGAAAAUAUAUAUUUUUUUUUACAAGAAUCUCAAGUAUGGUGUUCAUAUCUAUACGCUAUUAAAAAAUAAUUUGCACCCCAAAAAUAAUAUACCUAAAAGUACAGUUUAUCAGGUCAACAAAAUUUUGGGGAUUAAACGUGGAUGAGUUACAGAGUCAAAAAUGUCUAUUGUUGGUUCUAAGUGGUUGCUUUUAGAUGAAGCACAUGGGUAAUUUAUUUUUAUAAAUUAGAGGUACAAUAUAUUUAUGUACAAUAUAUAUUUUUUUUUUAUCUCUGAAUUAAUGCUUACAUUAAGAGGAGGAGAAGGUUAUUUUAUUGAGCUCCUUUCCACCAGCAUUAAUGUGUUAAUCAUUGUACAUCUAAGAAGACAAGGCUGAGUGAUAAGGGUUCAUUUGAAAUGAUUGCCCAGAAUAUAACUAAAUCUUUACAUUGUAACCUCUGUCUGACCUAGGAACUCACAGGGUGUUAAGGCCUAUUUGUGGGAUACUGGUGGCAGUAUCUUAUUUUAUGACCCUGUCCAAUUUCCUUAUUGCAGUCACUAACAUUCCAACAUCAAAAGGUCACAGAGUCCCAUCCUGGCAAGAGGCACUUUUGCCUCACCAUGGGGGUCAGUCACAUUUCCUAUCCUAAUGUCUAUAGUGUCCACAGGACAAGGCAUGAGAUAAAACAUCAGGGCUAAUGGGAAGAUAAGAUAUCAUUUGCAUUGUAUAGACUAAAAUCUUACUUAGAUCCUGGCAUGUAGUCCACUUAUACUGCAAAGAUAAAAUUAAAAAGUAUGUGUGACCUCUGGAAUUUCUCAAGCAUUGCAUAAUCUUACCUUAUCUAGCAUACCUCCCAUUAUAUGGUGUAUCAACUGCAACCACUAUUGCAGCUGGGUGCUGUGCUCAGUGAAUGAACCAAAACAAACUUGGAAAUUGUAUCAUAACAGAGUUACACCAUCACCUCAAACAGAGAUAUUGGUUUCCUAGUUGUCUAGAGGAAUGCACACUGUCCCCUCAAGUCUUAGAGAGUGAGAGAAAGCACACAGUGUUCUCCACAAGUCACUGUCUACAUAUAUUGAGAGAUAUCAUACUCUAUAACAUGGCAGUGACUACUAACAAAAUAUCUUAAAUUGCCUAUUAAAAAAGGGCUUCUAAAAUUCAAUUUUAAAUAUAGAUUGUCACACAGCUUUAUAAUUGCUGUUGCUAAACCACCUACAGAGACCAAAGAGUCAACCACAUGACUUCCUGAAUAUUCUAGCAAUUGCCCACCAACAUCAUCAGCCUCUCAACAUGGGAUUUUUUUUACUUCCCCCCUCUCCCUGUGGAAUGCAUGGAAUGUGUAGCACGCCUUACUUCCUAUUGUUUCUAAGCACAAGCCCCUUAUCUCUUCCCAAAGCAGGGAUACCAGGAAUAUCAGUUCCCUGUCAUUACUGGGAAUCCCUGCAUCCUCCAACAUAAAAGAAAGAGGAGAACUCCCUGUACCUACAAAUUAAUAAAUGUAAACAUUACAGGGAAGUACCUACAUUGGAGGGACAUUUAAAACUAUUGUCCCAAUUAAAGGCGUACAGAUAUAUGAAUACAGCUGAGUUAAAUUGGAUUGCGGAUGGAGGUUAUCCCAUACAACAACAAACAGUGCACUUGUACUCGCCCAAUGGCAGUAAUAUAAUUUUAGUGUGUAUUGUCAUAAAAAAAAGUCCUUUAAACGUUAAGUCACUAUUAGGCCACUAUUCUGUAACCAUAAAGCAGAAUAAUAUUUUUUAAAAAGCUUGUAUAAGCAGUACCUCCCCACGACCUUUUCCGUAUUAUUUUAAUUUUAAUCCAAUAUGAAAACAUCCAUAACGCAAAUUGUUUUGACAGUAGAAUAAGUAAGGAUGAUACGAUUAGAUUAGAAACACGAGAGGUAAAUAGUUGCCCAUUAACAUUGUGCCACUGGCUUGUUUGGGCAGUGAGUUUAUUGAUUGAGUGAUUCAAUUUCAUAGCUAUUUUUGGAAUUGUAGAGGAUUUCAAUAUUAGAGCUCAGCUACUUGACUCUGCUGUGUGACUAAUUUUGAAACUUUUGGGGCCAGUUCUUAUUCUUUAAUUUUGGUGUUAGUAUAAAGUGAAUCCUAUCUUAAAUGAAGCUUCUGAUUUGCCUUAAAUGGUUUUGACCAGCUUUACUUCUACUCAUUUGACCCUCAGUAAUUAGUCAUCUUGGUUAUAAUAAUGAAGGUUUUCUACUUCAUCCUAACUGCAAUAAUUCACAUAUCAUUAAUCCUUUAUGCUUUUACUUUUAAUGUUAUGUUUUACCUUUACCAGCCCCCUUCCUCUGUUUAUAUUUGUUGCUUAUAUCUGCCUCUUGUUUUGAAGAAGUGCUAUUAAAUAUGUUGGAAAAGUGCAAUUAAAACCCAAUCACUUAUGUUCCUUCUCUCAUUCAGAGCAAGUUGCAAAUGGAAGGGUUUCGCAGCUUGAAGGAAGGUGAACAUGUAGAAUUUACUUUCAAAAAAUCGGCUAAGGGCUUGGAAUCUUCACACGUCACAGGCCCUGGUGGUGUUCCCUGCAUAGGAAGUGAGAGGAGACCCAAAGUAAAGGGGAUACCAAAGAGGAGACCAAAAGGAGACAGGUAAUUAAGGAAUGCAUUCAAAAGAGAGUUCUUGCUAAUAUUCAAUAUAUUUCUAUAUGUGAGAGAAAUGUUUAUCCUCCAUCACCAAUAACCAUCCUAAACAAACAUGAACAUGUUCAGGAAAAAAAAGAAAAGAAAACAAGAACGGUGUUCAAGUCUCUCUUGGAAAACUCAAAAUAUAAUUAUAACAAUAAAUAUAAGCUCAGGUCGCUUACUGGUUAUGACUUGCCACAAUAAAUUAGUAUACCUAAUCAAUCUUUUAGUAAAGCAGAUCACAGAGAAAUGGUAUGGAGCUAAAGAAGAAAUGUAUGUGCAGUUGGAGGUGGAAACCUGUUUUACACUAGAUUUUUGAUAACUGUUAUGCGGGUAAUCAUGCAUGGGGCUUUCUCCAUUAUGCUACAGGAUCCCAGCAAUUAGUUCCUAGGGCAUUCUUUUGUCCUGGUAGAAUUUGUCCAAGUUGCAGGACAUGCAUUAAAUGUAUAGAACAGUAUUAGCCAAUCUUUAGAACACAGUCAUCUUAGCACUGAAAUGCAUGGAAGUGCACAAAGAAUUCAAUGUACUAUUUAAUUAUCCACCCCCCAGCUAUUGCAAGGAUUUAAAACAUAAACCAACCUAACCUGAAUUAAAAUUAGGGAAGAUGAGCUGAGGAGUUGUAGCCAAUAUGCUGAUAUAUUAUAUGACUAUUCUGGAAUAUUAAUGCUGAAGGGUGGGAGUAUAAUCAACAGGUAUAAUAUUAAUUCCUUGUAACAUAACAUGAUACAUAGAUGUACAACUGCAUUUUGUAACUAUGUGCUUCCAGGUCGUACUUGAAAACCAGAGAAACUUAAAUAUAUUAUCUCUGGUAAAAAAUAUUUGAAACAUCUAUAAACAUAAAUAAAUAAAAAUGGUUAUCUGACUGCUACCCUGUAUAUUAUUACAUUACCAUAUUCAUACUCAUGUUUAUUAAUACAUUUGCCAUAUUGGUUUAUCAUAAAUAGGUAGUCCCCACCCACUGACUGUGGGUGGGGGCAGGUUGGUCAUUAGGAUGUCACCCUCUUUUUUUUUUUUAAAGCCAUUUUCCUGGCACUAUAGGGUUAAUAGCGCCCCCUCCUCCCACGGGGCUAAAGGGGUUAAAACCCAAUCAGCCACUUACCUGAAUCCAUCCCUUGGCGGUGAUACUGCAUGCGUUCAAAUGGCGUGCGCACAUUAGACCUCCCCAUAGGAAAGCAUUAUUCAAUGCUUUCCUAUGGGAAAAAUUUGACUCUGGAGGUCCGUGAGGACGUCCAAAGUCAGAUAACGGACCGAAAGUCCGUUUGGAUUCUGGGGGCAGAAGUAGAGCUGCAAUGUAAACAUGGCAGUUUCUCUGGAACAGCAAUUUUUUACAUUGCAGCACUUAGUGUAAACGCGUUACAGUACCCAGACCACUUAAGUCAGCUGAAGUGGUCUGGGUGCCUACAGUGUCCCUUUAUUGAUGCUCACGUGUGACAGGAACAGGAAGGAUCUUGUUUCUGCUUACUUAGGCAGCCAUUUCCAUAGCCAUUGCUGUUCUUUAGUUGUUUUAAAUAUGCCCCUACCCAUAAGAUGGCAGGUGGCAGAAUAUUGACUCCAUUGGCUUUUUUAUUUUGCAUUCAUUUAAUGUAGCAUGUGACUUGCAAACACAGGCCAGUAACCACAUGGUUAACCCACACAGCCCUGAGGGUUUUUAAAUUUUUUUAUUGCUUUAUUGCUGGCAAAAAAAUACCUAAAAUUCACUUGUAAAAAAAAAGUGAAAUAUAAUUUGCAAAUAUGCAUCCCACUAGAUACAUUCUGUCCCAAUUUUUACAAAAUUCAGUGCUUUUAAUAUUCAGAAUCAUAUACUUUGUAUAGGGAUCAGAUGUGAAAAGCACUGACUUUAAACCAGACUCACAUGCAUCCAUCCAAUUGGUGCACAUUUGGUUGACUGGAAUAAGCAGAUCUGAGAAUUGCCCAUUUUCACUUGAUUUUGUCUAUUGGGACAAAAUCAUGUGUUUAGUGAAUUACCCUUAUAGAGUUAUUCACUAAAGUGAGAAUUGCCAGGAAUUCAAAGUGAAUUUCCAAUGUAAGGCCAAAGUUGAAAAAAUCUCAAGUCAGAUAUUUGUUCUAUGAAGUUUGGCCUUAAAUUUGAAAUUCACUUUAAAUUCCUAACAAUUCUCACUUUAGUAAAAAAACAAAACAAAACUUAUAGUUUCUCUCUGAUACCAUGCACUGUUUUCAUAUUAUGAUUGGCUGUUUUAACAAACAUCCAUAAAAAAAAAAAUGGAGAGAAAGUUGUUGACUUGCAGUGAAUUAUUGUGUCUAUAAACUAACAGAUUUACUUGGUUUUAUUUUAUACACUCCUCUGUAUAUCAUAACUGUAACCCUCUUUUAACUUUGCUACUUUUUCACACAGGUGCUAUAAUUGUGGGGGUGUUGAUCACCAUGCCAAAGAAUGCAAUUUGCCACCACAACCCAAGAAGUGCCACUUAUGCCAAAGUCCCAAUCACAUGGUGGCCCAAUGCCCAGGGAAAAACGUUCAGCCCCCUGUGAUGCAAGAGAAGCCUGUUCCGGAGGAGAAGGAGGGUACCCCUGCCACUGCAGAGUAA